ACGCAUCACCACACAGAGAACACUUCCUUCAGUUUCCACGGUGACAGGAUCCCUCCUCCUCCUCCUCCUCCUCCUCCUCAUCAUCUGCAUCACCAUUAGUGUGUCCACUUGCUCCUCAUCGCUGCCAUCAGGAUGGGAGAUAAAGGAACCAGAGUGUUUAAGAAAGCAAGUCCCAAUGGGAAGCUCACCGUCUAUCUGGGGAAGAGAGACUUUGUAGACCACGUGGACCGAGUGGAGCCCGUGGAUGGCGUGAUCCUGAUUGAUCCCGAGUACUUGAAGGAGAGAAAAGUUUUUGUGACGCUCACCUGCGCAUUCCGAUACGGACGCGAAGAUUUGGACGUUCUGGGGCUGACCUUCCGUAAAGAUUUGUUUGUGGCAAACGUGCAGGCGUUUCCUCCUCUCCCAGAGGAGACAAAGAACUUGACUCGUUUGCAGGAACGUCUGAUGAAAAAACUGGGAGAACACGCCUACCCGUUCACCUUUGAGAUCCCACUGAACCUGCCGUGUUCUGUCACCCUGCAACCAGGCCCUGAGGACACCGGCAAGGCCUGCGGCGUGGACUUCGAAGUGAAAGUGUUUUGUGCAGACAACGUUGAAGAAAAGAUCCACAAAAGGAACUCUGUCCGUCUCGUGAUAAGGAAGAUUCAGUUUGCUCCCGAGAAGCCCGGACCUCAGCCCACCGCCGAGACCACCAGACAUUUCCUGAUGUCCGACAAAGCUCUGCACCUGGAGGCGUCUCUGGACAAGGAGAUUUACUAUCACGGCGAGCCCAUCAGUGUCAACGUUCAUGUCACCAACAACACCAACAAGACGGUGAAAAAGAUGAAGGUGUCAGUGCGACAGUACGCUGACAUCUGCUUGUUCAACACCGCCCAGUACAAAUGCCCCGUUGCUACCGAAGAGUCUGAUGAUGUUGUCGCGUCCAGUUCGACCUUCUGCAAAGUGUUCACCCUCACGCCAUUUCUAUCCAACAACCGAGAGAAACGAGGCCUCGCUUUGGAUGGAAAGUUGAAGCACGAAGACACCAACUUGGCCUCCAGCACGCUGUUACGCGAAGGAGCCGAUAAGGAAAUGUUGGGCAUUGUGGUAUCGUACAAAGUCAAAGUCAAGCUGGUGGUGUCUCGAGGCGGGCUCCUGGGAGACCUGGCCCCCAGUGACGUCUCGCUUGAACUUCCUUUCACGCUGAUGCACCCCAAACCCUUGGAAGAAUGUCUGCACGGAGAAGAAGCUCCUGAUGAAGCACAAAGUGACACAAACCUCAUCCAGUUUGAUGCCAACGAUGACGACAUCAUCUUUGAGGACUUCGCUCGCCAGCGGUUAAUCGGCGCCAAGGAUGAGGAGGAUGAGGAGCGGGUUGAUUCGACCCAAGUUCAUGACAGAUAGAGAAUACGUCGCGCGCGUUCAGCCGAGCGGCCGCGAAAGGCCUCGUUCGGGUCUGCUCGCUCCUUUCUGCUGCAGCACGACGACGGCGGCGAGUCGAGAUGACGGAGCGAUGAGAAACACUGAUGAGCCGCAUGAAAAUCUAUCACGACAAUUUCUCACCUCUUUCUGCUUUCACUUUGCAAAUCUUCAUGGAGACUUUUCAUGUCAAACGUCACAAGAAGAUUUAUUCUUUCUAUUUUCUUACCAGUUCUUUACUUGGUAUACCCCAUAAUAUUGCACCAUACUAGAAAUGUACUGCAUACACGUCCACAAGCCUAUAGAUAGAUAUGUAUUACAAGGCUAUAGAUAGAUCUAUAUGUAUUAUAUCAUAUAAAUAUAUACAGGUGCAUCUUAAUAAAGGAACAUAUGCUACAAAAAGUUAGCGUUCAAUUCAGACUAAGAAGGUUUUUGCAGUUUAUUUGCCAAUUGGAGCUCAAAAACUUGUUCACAUUUUAUGAGAUAGUGAAUUUGGGGCUUUUAUUAGUCAAACUAUAAAAUUAUUAAGAAAUGAAGAAAUACAUUUUUGAAAGUAUAAGAGUUUGACCUUUUGAAUUGAAGUACUGAAACAAAUGAACCUAUAUAUAUAUAUAUAUAUAUAUACAGUAUAUCCAUAUUAUAUCAUGCAUAGUUAUCUAUAGGUUUCUUAUGUGUGUGUAUAGUAUAACAGACCUUUCAGACCUAUUUGUGGCAGGUGUGGGCUAGACGACGUCAUUGUCAAAUUUGCACAAUUAACCAUGAUGCGUGUGCAUGUCAUUUUUAUAGACGCUGUGUGAGACAAAAAAACAAAACAUGACAAGCAAAACAAAUAUGUUUAGAAAUACAUAUGAACUUUCUUCUCUCGCUUCUUUUUGUGUUUCUUUUUCCAUUAAUGUCACAAACAAGACCGAGCCACCUGUCAGUGCUUUUUGCACGGCCACAGCGGGACCCGCUGCUGUUUGAGACGAGCGAUGCGUGCGUUCAUGUUAGUCUCCAAAAGUUUCCAAUAAGACCAGAAAAAGUCUCCAGAUUUGUGAAUGAGUAUUCGCUUAAUAUGGCGACAAAGUGGUCAUGUUGGCAGCACUGAUCCCUCCUGCUACAUCUUGUUUUCCGGCAGACCAGGUGCCUAUGAAGCAGACUUACGAUGGGAAACACUGACAUAGAUAUGUAUCAUAUAUGGUAUUUAUAAUGUGUGUGUAGGUAUGAACACAUUUAGCAGUGUGUGCAGUAAACUUCUUUCUGUAGUGCAUGCUGCAAAAACAAAUACCCAGUACAGUAAUCCCUCGUUUAUUGCGGUUAAAUGGUUCCUGACUCGACCGUGAUAAGUCAAUUUCAGCAAAGUAGGAUUCUUUAUUUUUAAAUGUAAUAUUUUCGUACUUGGAGCGUACCAACCUAUAUAUACAGGUUUUAUAAUUAGAACCCUAUAGACAUGAAAUAACACCCCUAUAGUCACUUUUACACGGCAAUAUAGUAGACAUAAGAGAAAAUACGACAUAAUGUAGACCCACAUGUUAGCACUGGGAGAGUUCUUGGUUGCUCUUUCACUUGGAGUGGGUGUUGUCUCAUCAAUGUAACAUGACUGACACCUGACCUGUCUUUGAAUGCAUCUUCUGAAUGCCUUCCAUUUGUAUUUUACUUCAUUUAGCCAUUUUUAUGCUUGAAAAUGUUUAAUUUAGGCAAAAAAAACAUUACAUUUGCUCAAUUAUGCAUUUUUUAAUAAUAGACCACAUUCAACCACGAAAUCGCAUGACUUAUUAAUAUGGUUUUGAAAAAUCGUGAUAGAGUGAAGACGUGAAAUUGGAGGAGUGAAGUGGUGAGGGAUUACUGUAGAGUGGAAAAAGAUGUCAUUUUAUAUAUAAUUUUUAAAAAUCAUCCGGCAUGUUUGCGUGUGUGUGAGAGAGAUCCAGUUGAUCCGGCCCUCAGAAAAAAAUGCAUUCAAUAAACAGAAAAUCGCAACUUUUGAAAAUUUGCUGAGUAUAAUUACGUUAUGUUUUGUUUUUUUAGAAAACGGGAGCAAAAGAAUGUUUUGAUUCAGUUGGAGCGUUACCUGAGUCUCUUUUGACGUGAUUUAUCAACGUUACUUAAAUAUGUUAUAUAUUGUUUGUAAUGAGAUUC